GACGGGGCACGACGCUCCGCAGCACUCCGCUCACAGCUCUCCAACUUCUAUCUGGAGGAAUUUCGGUAUUUCCACCCCCCUUCUCGCAGCAACAGACCACGAUGUACCGCUCAACCAAAGGAGCUUCCAAGGCUCGACGGGACCAGAUCAACGCCGAGAUCCGGAACCUGAAGGACUUGUUGCCCAUAUCCGAAGCGGACAAAGCGCGGCUGUCAUACCUGCACAUCAUGUCACUCGCCUGCAUGUACACCAGGAAGUCCGUCUUCUUCACUCAAGGGAUGGGAGCUGAUGCCAGUCCCGAGGAAACCGCGAGGUUCCUGUCUUUUCACGAGCUGUCGGAGUUGCUGCAGGCGCUGCCGGGCUUCCUGAUGCUGCUGACCGGGGAGGGGAAGCUCCUCUACCUGUCAGACAGCGUCUCCGAGCACCUCGGACACUCCAUGGUGGAUCUCGUGUCACAGGGCGACAGCGUUUAUGAUAUCAUCGACGCCUCAGACCACUUUGUCAUGAGGACUAAUCUGACAACCUCUACUUCCCUGGAGAUGGAUCGUCUCUUUCGCUGCCGUUUCAACACCUCGAAGUCCGUGCGGAGGCAGAGUGCCGGAAACAAACCGGUUCUGAUCCGCGCCCGCUGCCUCUCUCCCCCUUCCGCCCCCCCCACGACCGGAUCGUACUGGACCUCCAACCCCGUGUGGGUGUGCUUCUGCUCCCCUCUGGAGGCCCAGCAGACGCGCUCCGGUCAGGGCCUGGAGAGGGAGUCGGCCUCCACCGCCCCCCAGAUUGAGACCAACUUAUUCCUGGCUUGCUUCCACUCCCAACAUGGCCGCGACAUGAGGCUCCAGACAGCGCAGGACAGCGUGAGCGCCUAUCUCGGCUUUGAUGUGACAGCUUUACGCUCCCGUUCCUGGUACAGCCUCAUCCACCCACAGGAUCUGUCACAUGCCUCUGCUCAGCACCGUAGCCUUCUGAGAGAGGGGGGAGAGGGCAGAGUCGAGAUGGUGGUGCGCGUCCAGGCUCAGGACCAGUCGUGGGUUUGGCUCUACAUGGUUCUCCAACUGCAGCCUGGAGAGAUCCCCAUCAGCAGCAUCAACUACAUCAUCAGUGACUCUGAGGCCUGGUCAGUGCGUCAGCAGCUCAGCUCAGAGCAGACCCAGCUGACCCUGGUCCUAAGCUCUGGUGCCUCUCAGCAAGAGGGCCUCAAUCUCCAGUCCCCGGACACCCUGUCCAGCCCCGACCAGGUGUUCACGCCGGGCAGCAGCGGCCUGUCCGCCCAGUCCUUCGACUUCAGCACGGCCGGCUGCAGCGUGGGCUCCUCCGACGAGCCGGGCAGCUCUGCGGCCGAGCCCAUGCAGCUGGAGGGGGACCCCCGCUCCAGCAUCUCCUCUCUGGAGGAGGAGAGCUUCUUCCAGCAGCACCCGGCCGAGACCCCUUCGGCCGCCUCCUCCCCCACUCCGGUCACUGUCGAGACAGUAGCAGACCUAGACUUUCUGACCCAGAACAUUCUCCUGCCCCCCUCCUUUCAGCUUGACCCUCCCCUGCCAGCUCUCCCCCUGCCUCUCCCCCCUGUCCCCACCUCUCAAGCUCAGCAGACCAAAGAGUUUGUGUGCACUCCCCCCUACACCCCCCAGGUCGGCGGGGCCAGCUUUCCGUUCAGCGAGCCCCUGUUCAGCUUUGACCCGACAGGCACGACCACUCCCCCGCCCUCCGCUACCACCGCCACCACCACCACCUCCCUGGCCCCGUCGGCGUCCUCCACCGCCCCGCCGACCACGGCCUCCAGCCCGGUGCCGCCCACCACCCUGUCCACCAAGCUGCCCCUGGUGCUUCCCACCCCGUCCACCGACCUGCUCUUCCCCAUCGAGCCCUGCAGCGGCUCCCUGUACGAGAAACUGCCCCCGACCCCCGACAGCCCCGGAGACGGGGACUGCACGGUGAUGACCCUGCCCGAGGUCCGGGGUCCGCUGUACGUCGACGUGCCCCUGGGGGCCCUCCAGUGCCCCCCCGAAGGCCUCCUCACCCCUGAGGCGUCCCCCGGUAAACAGCCCUGCAUCUCGUUCUUCUCUCUAGAGAGAGAAAAGGAGAGGGCCGAGAUCUCCCUCUUAGCUCAACACAUCAGCUCCCUGGCUGAGGGAUUCUACCUGGACCCUCUCUUGUCCAAGCUUUCUCCUCCCCCGUUUUCCCCCUCCUCCUCCCCCCCGUCCCCCUUCUUGUCUGCGGCUGUAGAACCUGCCGAUUCAGUCCACAUACUUAGGGAGUUUUAUCCCAUCAAGGGGUGGAGAGGUCUGGAUGUCCCCUUCUUCCUCGACGAUGAUGAUUCUCUGUUUGAAGAGAGCAUCUUAGAAACCCUCCUGCAAGACGACUUUGCUCCCCCCCAGACACCCGGCCUCUGCUCCCCUUCCCUCUCCGACUCCCCCCCGCCCCAUCCCUCCAGCCCAGCCUCCCCUCAGACCCUCGCGUGCUGGCACCAACCCUCCCAGUUUGAGGGAGCGGGCCACGUCUGUAGCGUCCAAUCGGCGCAAAGUAACUCCAUGGCCGGGUGUGGGGCGACCGAGGCCGCCGAGGCCGGGGGAAAGGCGGAGGGGGAGGGACAAGCGGAGGAGGCAAUGGAGGUCGAGGUGGCGUCAUCUCCCGUGUCCUCCUGCUCCUCCGUCCCGGCUUCACCCCCCCUCAUCCUCACCGCCUCCCCGAGCCCCGCCACCUCCACGCCCAUGGCCUCGCCCACGCCCGCCGUGUCUUGCACUCAGUCCCUCCUGGAGGAACUGGCCGUCCUGGAACCCAUGUUUGGGGCAGGUGCCUCGAUCGCCCCUGGCUUAGGGCAACAACCUGAGUUGUAUCAACUCCAAUGUCAUCCAUCACCACAGUGCUUCCACAAAGAUGGGAGUGGAAGUGUUCCUCCGUUCUAAAAUAAGUCUGUGACUUACUUCAUUAAGUAUGGCAUAUUGUCAUAUUUUGUGGAGACCAUUUUACUGAAAAGUAAAGAAUAAUUAAGUGUAUAAAUAUACAUAAUGUAUAUACAACUUAAGGACUUUAACUCCUACAUGUCUCCUGAGAACAAAGAUUGGCUUUCUAUUUUUGUUCAGUCAUUUAUCUGUGUAAUACUGCAAAAAACUGGUGCAACAUUUUCACUAUGGUGCAACUUCAUGGACCCAUAACUGACUGGGUUCUGGGUCCAUGCAGUGUCUCUCUCAGCUUCUCUGUUACCUGAGCUUCAGGUGGGAUCGGACAGAGAAAAAUAUCUGAACUCGUAAGCGCUGUCCAACCUUCAGACGCGCGUAUGUAUUCACUCGUAGUGAAAUAUCUGUUGUGAACAAAAACAAUGAUACAUUUCUUGCUAUUUAAGUCGGGAGAUGAAUUACAGCACUUUUGUCUUACAUGCAGCAACGCAAACCCAAACCUCAAAUGUAUUGGGAGUCAAAUGUUUACAACAGUUUACAACCUUACAGGACAAUGAACAAUCAGUACAAAAAAACAAACAGACAAAGGAUUUCUUGUAUGAAAUCUUCUAUUUAGCCAACAGAGCCUGGAUAGCUCUGGUUUGAAAACAUUCCUCUCAACUUUCUAUUCUCCACCAAAACUCACAAAUGAUGUUUAACCAAACCUGAGAUACUUUGAGCUUUGAGUUUGCUGCUUCGAAACCUUUAACAUUUCAUAUUUAUCUCUCCAUCUGAACUCUUGUGUAUCAAUGUGAUGUGCAAAAAAGACAAAAACGAACAAAAAAAGGAACAGCAAAAAAAAGAAACGUGUGAGGAGAUCCUGGCACGAGAAAGUCUCCAGGAUGCUGACGGUGUCCCUCUCUCUGACGAGAUAAAAACACCGAACGAGAGAUUGUCUGGAAGUCUGCCGGGGCUCCGAUCACGCCACAAACCCACUGCUACGCUGUACUGUACAUUAAGACUCUGAAUGUAGGCUCAUCGGGUCCCCCCCCACCCCCAUUGGCCGGAGGGCAGUCGGCUGGAUAUUCUUGCAGCAUCAAUAUUUGCAAUGCUGGCAGCUUAUAGCGGCUCCUGUGUGCCCGGCGCGGCCCUGACCUGCUGAGCUCUGAACUCUUUAUCACGUCCAUUCAACAUGGACAGUUGCAUCGUUGCUCCCCUGGAGCGCGGUGUAGUGAGGCACAAUUGACUAUGUGAAUGAGCGAUUCUUCUUUUUUGAGAGGGGUUAGAAUACAAUGGUUUUGUUUUAAAAAAUGAAAAUGGGGACGGGGUGCUAUUUCUAUUCAGUUACCAAACGACACGGGUUGAGAAUGGUACAAUUCCCAUGGUGUCGACAUGCUCACGUAGAGUUGUCUACGGUCAAGUAAAGGAUUGAUUCCUACGUUCUAGCUAUUAAAGGCUAAGUUAAUAUACAUGUGUAAAAUUCUAUUAUUGUUUGUGUGAUAUUUGAUGCUAUUUCAUAUGCAUUAUGUCUGAGGAUGUAGGCAUAUGCUCUUUUCAGAAAGGUUGUACACAUUUGUACAUUUGUAUGAAAUUGUUAUUGGUCUGUACAUACAAGAAAGAGGUUUUUAUCAUCCAGAUGGAAUAUAUUCAAAACAUCUUACUUACUACAGAAUGGACAUUGUGGACCAGUGUUCUAUUGUGAUGCUUAUAAGUGUAUUUGGUUGUCAUACAAAUGCAUUUAUAAUAAAGUG